AUGAGAGGAAAGGCACAGGUGGACUUUGGCAAACGCUGUGGGAGAAAUCUACAGUGGAAAAAGGCCGACAUGGAAUGGAGAGGGUAUUCCAAGGCAGCUGCCGGGAAGGAGGGCGCGGCCUCUCUCAGCACCAUCGACCAGGACGUGCUGUUCGGGCCCAACGACUCGCCCCGCUGUUCCUCCCUGGACUUGGGGCUCCCGAGGAGCUCGCCCACCCUCCCGGACUUCGGCCGCUCCCUGGGGACAGUAAAUGUUGGUUCUUCAGAGUUGAAUUCAUUCUUGGAUGAUCCAGGGUUUGCUGAUACUGUAUCGAAAGCAGAGCAAGCAAUAGAAUUUGGCGUUCUUCCAGAAAGAAUCUCUCAAGGUUCAAGUGGAAGUUACUUUGUGAAGGAUCCUAAGAGGAAAACUAUUGGUGUGUUUAAACCCAAAUCGGAAGAGCCUUAUAGUCAACUGAAUCCAAAAUGGACCAAAUAUAUUCAUAAGGUCUGCUGCCCUUGCUGCUUUGGCAGAGGCUGCUUGGUUCCUAACCAGGGAUACCUUUCUGAAGCUGCUGCCUCCCUAGUGGAUGAAAAGCUUCAUCUGGGCAUUGUACCAAAAACAAGGGUGGUUUGGCUUGGCAGUGAGACAUUUAACUACAGUACAAUUGACCGUGCAAAAGCUAGAGGCAAAAAGUAUGCUUUAGAGAAAGUGCCAAAAGUAGGUAGAAAAUUUCACCGAAUAGGACUCCCUCCGAAGAUUGGUUCCUUUCAGUUAUUUGUUGAAGGUUACAAGGAGGCCGAAUUUUGGCUUAGGAAAUUUGAAGCUGACCCUUUGCCUGAGAAUACUAGAAAACAAUUUCAGUCGCAAUUUGAAAGAUUAGUGAUUUUGGAUUACAUCAUCAGAAAUACAGACAGGGGAAAUGAUAAUUGGUUAAUCAAAUAUGAAAAGAAGAAAAAUGGAAAGGAAAUUAAGGAAGCAGAAUGGGUUGAUGAGAAAGAAUCGCUUAUUAAAGUAGCUGCAAUUGAUAAUGGUCUAGCAUUUCCUUUUAAACAUCCUGAUGAGUGGAGAGCAUAUCCAUUUCACUGGGCUUGGCUUCCUCAAGCAAAAGUUCCUUUUUCUGAAGAAACAAGAAACUUGGUUCUACCAAAUAUUUCUGACAUGAAUUUUGUGCAAGAUUUAUGUGAAGAUCUCUAUGAACUUUUUAAGGAGCAUAAAUUUGUGAAGUUACACUUAACUACUGACAAAAGAUUUAACAAAGCCACUUUUGAAAGUCAGAUGUCUGUGAUGAGGGGCCAGAUCUUAAACCUGGCCCAGGCUUUGAGGGAAGGGAAGAGUCCUGUCCAGCUGGUACAGAUGCCUUGUGUGCUUGUGGAACACAGUCCAGGGAGAGCGAAGGGUCGGAUUUCCCAGCUCAACAGUUCCUUCACCCAGACCUUCCACUGCAGGAAGCCUUUUUUUACCUCCUGGUAGCACAUAUAAGAGAACAAACUGUUGGCAUCAUUGUGUUGUUAAAAUGCUUCAGUUGCCAAAGCCUCAAGUAAUACAAGUCUUUAAAAGGUUAUGUUUUGAAUGUAAUCAAAAGUUUACAGUUUUUUGUCCAAAUAUUAAAUCCUUAUUUCAGGGAAAAAGUGCCAUAUCUCCUAUGUAGUAUUUUUGUAGGAAAACGUGUACUUUGUUGUUGAUGUUAGUUUAAAAGGUAAUUUCAUGGUUUACACAUUCUGAAAUGAGUGUAAUUACUUUAGAAUUCCAAAUAGAAAAAUAAGGUACUUGUUGACUUUGAAUAAAAUAACUUUUUAUAUACUUUUUAAACAUUGAGAAGAAUGUUCAUGUUAACUCUUCUUACAUUAUAAAGGCCUUUUGAGUGUAAAACUGGUCUUCUGAACUCUAAUCGAUUAGUUAAUAGAAAAACAGGUAAGAAUAAAGCAAUGCUGCCUUAAUUAAAAAGCUGCUAUUUUAGAACUUGAAUAAGUGCCCCUAAAGUGACCAAUGUGAGGGACCAGAAAAGUAUAUCUUGGUUAAGUAAUAGAUGACCAUUUUCUUUUUUGUACUUAAGAAUAUUUUUGCUCAAUUAUAUAACUAUAGUGAGAAAAAGAUCUAAAGAUAUCACCUUUAAAAAAUGGAAACACUCAACUGAGACUUGAGGGAAAUUAUAUAAAAUUAUAGUAGAUUCAUAAUGUUUUUGAAAUUCCAAAGUAGCAUUAAAAAUUCGUUUUUGUUCUUUGCAUCAGAUCAAUUACAUAAUAAAUUAGUACUACCCCAAAAUACUAAUCUUGUUUAAUUUAGUACUUUGGUUAGUAUUAAACUUCACUGAAAAUUAAACCAUACCUCAAAUUGCAUGUCGGAUUGUAUUUUAGGGUCCUAGGACAUAAAC